AAGUUUUAGUCAUGGGAAGAACCUGCUGUGUUGUUGGAUGUAAUGUCCGUUCACACGAUCAACGUGGGAGAAAAAUAGACAACGGUCUUUCUUUUUAUUGUUUUCCGGCCUGGAAACAAAAUGAAGGAAGUUAUGUGUCUGAUGUAACAAAGCGGAGACGGAUGGCCUGGAUAUCCGCCAUAAGACAUAUGGACAUACAUUUCGCAGACAUCCCAAGAUAACUUAAAGUGUGUUCCAGGCAUUUUCAUUCAGGUAAACCAGCAUAUGAGAUGGACGAGUCUCAUCCAGACCGGGCUCCAACCCUGCACCUGGGUCACUCUGAAGUCACAGCCACAGUGUUAUAUCGGCAUGGCCGCAGACAACAUAGACACUGUUUGAGAGAAUCUGAGGGAGGAGGCCAAAGUGAACAAAACAACAUGAAUGAAGAUGAGAGAGAUGGAGUCCUAGAACAUGCAGAAGCUGCAGAAGAAGAGGAAUAUGUGGAUCAAGCAGAGACAGGAGCUGUGGAAGAGGAGGAAUAUAGUGAACAGACAGAAACAGACAAACCAGCAGCUAAGAGACUUAGAGUAGAAUGCCAGUUCUGUGAGCAAAGCAGUGCAGAACUAACCCGUGUUUUGCAGGAAAAUAGGGAGCUUAGUUCUGAGUUGAACAAGUUAAAGAUGGAUGAAGAUUUUUUCAGAGAUAAUACAGAGAAGGUACGAUAUUAUACAGGGCUUCCAUGUUUUGCAAUUUUGUUGUCAAUGUUUGCUACAGUUAAGCCCUUCCUGCCAGUUUCAAAGAAGCUGUCACAAUUUCAAAUGGUUUUACUUGCACUCAUUCGUCUAAGGCUCGAUCUUCCAAUCCAGCAUCUUUCACACAUAUUUAAUGUGUCACGUAGAACUCUUUCUGCUACCUUUGCCGACACCAUCAAUGUGCUGUAUGCACGCCUUUCUCCCUUGUUGUACUGGCCUGAGAGACACUGUUUACAAGCCACAAUGCCACAUCAAUUUUUGAAAGCUUUUGGAAAGCGUGUUGCGAUUAUUGUCGACUGUUUUGAAAUACGUAAAGAGAGGCCGUCAAAUUUAAUGGCGCACGCACAAUCCUUUUCCCACUACAAAGGUACACACACAAUGAAAUACUUGAUCGGAAUUACACCCCAAGGCCUAAUUUCAUUUAUUUCAAAGGGAUGGGGGGGACGAGCAUCUGACAAGCACAUAACUGAGAAUUGUGGACUUCUUAAACUGUUGCCUGGCGAUUUAGUGUUAGCUGACCGAGUCUUUGAUAUUAAAGACAGUGUGGGAAUGAUGUGCGCGGAAGUUAAAACUCCUGCAUUCACUAAAAGCAGAUGUCAACUCGAUGCUAAGGAUGUGGAAGACACACGUGCUAUAGCACACCUUAGGAUACACGUAGAAAGGGUAAUAGGUAGCUUGCACAAUAAGUACACACUAUUACAUAACACAGUAGCAAUUAGUUUGUUGCUUCCCUGUAAGGAUGAAGAAUUUACCCUUCUUGAUAAGAUUGUUAAUGUUUGCUGUAUUCUAGUUAACGUGUCCAAGUGUUGUAAGGCCAGAUGAAACCGAAAAAUGUGCAUGCUGAAUGGUAAAAAGACCCCAGGAGAAAUGUUUGUUUUCUAUUUGGUGUGUGUGAAUGUGUGGUACCCUCCUGAGAUUGAACAUGUUUGUAUUUUUUGUGGGGGUGUGUGUACCUGCCUUAGAAUGAACAUGGUAUGCUAUUUGUACAUGAAAUACUUCAGAUGACAAUUUGAUAAUUAAAAACUUAUAUUUUAAUUUAAAAAAAUCUCCUGCAAAUUGCAAUGUUUAGUUUCUUGUGCUUCUUGUGUUGAACUACUUUGAAACACUAAACUUCAAGUAACAAACUAAUACUCUUUGAGUCAAGUAUAACACUUAAAAAAAAAAACUCUUAACUGAGUAGGCAAGGGCAAUUCUUUCAUAAACAACAGCCACUUCUUUACUACUGCUCUUUUUCAUUUGGAACAUGAGGCUGCAUGUCCUUUGAGUAAUGUUUUGCCACAAGUUCUGGGACACACACAGACUAAAUAUACAAAAAUAUCUGGAAAUGUCAGAGGAGGUAAAUCGUCGGGGUCUCGACUACAUUCUCUUGCAAGCACCUCAUACGGAUCCAGAUUUCCGAUCAAUGCCAUCUUUUCCAGGUACCGUUUUCUUGCGUCCGGUAGAAGUUUCUCUGUAUAGUACAUUUCAUUCUUUUAAUUGACUUUUCAACAUAUUUUUACAGAUAUGUUCAUAUUUUAAUUCUCGCCCGAUGUGCCCUCACAAUAUGGCGGCGCCCUCUUGUUUACGUCCCAGAAUGCACUGCGCAGUGACGUUGGUUGCCAAGCUCUAUAACAACAGCAGAGCGUUUAAAUGAGGCAGCUUUUGAGAUUGCACAAGCCUUGCUAAAGCACUAAACCACAGACAGUUCCGGCAGUUAACUGAAGACUAUGAGACGGAGUACGGUGAUUUAGUGAUACAUAGCGAGGUGAGAUGGUUGUCCCGGGGGAAAAGAGCUUGAAUGGUUCCUGAGCCUCCUCCGCGAGAUUCGCACUUUCAUGGAGAGCAAGGGGAAACAUGAGCCAGAGUUGGAAGACC